CCGCGCAGGAUAAAGAUCAGAAAAUUCCACUCGAACUCGGCCUGCAGCGUUAUCGCGGGACUAUAAGCCCACGAGUAAAGCUCUCGACGUCAGCGUUAAGGGCACUUGAGAAGCUGGUGCCGAUAUAAAGGGAAUCUUAUGGCGGGAUAACUGAGCUCACUCACUGUCAUCACUGAUAUUGUCAUUAUGAAGUCUGCCUUACGAGCGACUGUGUACCAAGGAUCGCAACUCAAAAAUCGCGGCGUUAAGCGGUAUAAUUCACCGCCGAUUUCUCUCUACCAAGGACCACCACCGAGUGUUCUUUACUCAAACUGCUCCCGCGUGAAGAUCAAUGUAAGCGGCAUGAUGUACGAGACAUUCGAGAGUACUUUAGCACGCUUCCCUCACACUCUACUAGGUUGCCCAGUCAAGAGGGGGAAGUAUUUCGACUCGAAACGCGAUGAGUAUUUCUUCAACAGAAACCGCAAUGCGUUUGACGCAAUAUUAUUUUUUUAUCAAUCAGAUGGUCUCCUAGUGCGGCCAGACACCGUCCCGCUCAAGGAAUUCUGCAACGAGAUGGAGUUUUUCGAAAUGGGGGAAGACAUAGUAAAAAGUUACAUGCGCGAUCAAGGGAUCAUUCUUGAAGACGCGGACCAAAAGGAUCUACCGAGUAACCCAACCAUGCGGACGGUAUGGUUAUGGUUAGAGUACCCAAACAGCUCGGACUCCGCAAAGCUAGUGGCGUGUUGGUCAAUAAUGUUUAUAUUGAUCUCAAUCUUUGUAAUUUGCGCAGAGACGAUCCCUCCGGGGAACCCAGAGGAGCUUAUAAGCGAAGCCACAUUCACACUAUACAGUUGUCUCGAGCUCGCGUGCGUGGCCUGGUUCACGAUGGAACUAAUAAUGCGGGUAAUUUCCUGCCCAAACAAGUUAAAAUUUGCUAUGGAUUUUUCAAACUACAUAGACCUUGCGGCAAUUCUACCCUAUUUCGUGGAAAACGCGAUUCAAUCCGCCGCCGAUUACGUUGAGUUGAUGAACGCUUUUCGACUUCUAAGAGUUUUUCGGAUAUUCAAGUUAGCGCGCCACAUGGAAGAACUCAAAAUACUGGGCAGAACUAUUAUUGCUACGUGGAGGGAACUAAUGAUGAUUCUAUUUUUUAUAUUGAUCAGCAUGGUGAUGUUUUCGGGUUGUACUUAUUACGCUGAGUUUGAUGCUCAGCCGGAUGGUGUUUUCUCUAGCAUUCCCGACACUGCGUGGUUCGUUAUUGUUACUUUAACCAAUGUCGGUUACGGCGACGCCGUACCGGUUACACCUAUUGGCAAGCUACUGGGUACAAUGUGUGCGCUUGUCGGCGUUUUAGCCAUCGCACUUCCUAGCCCCGUGAUUGCAACUCGAUUUAAGCAGUUUUACGACGCAGAAAAAAUCCGAAAAAACGAGAUUGAACCGCAGUAAAUUAGUCCUUUUGUCCGCAGUAAUUUGUCUUCGAUAAGGUCAAGUGAGUAGAUUUCAAUAACUCUUUUUGCUCACAGACAAAAUACUGCUUUGAUUGCAUUCCAUAGAUGAAUAUUUUAUAAUGCUAAGGUCUGCAGCUAAACAGCAACCACAAAAACAAGAUAUGGUUGUGGAGAAUAGAUGAGACAUGCUAUGCUAAAUCUAUCGCGGCCCUUGUAUUUGCCUAUUUCGAUAACGUUCGAGUUUGUAAACAAAGCUAUCAAAGUAUUUUAGUAUCAACAAAUGGGUAAUAAAACGUUUGUUUUGUCUUAA